GCCCGCGCCUCCCGCCACCCGCCUCAGCCCGCUGGGCUCUUUCCCUCCUUCCCAAUUGCGUCUGGGCGCCAAGCCCCUGAGUGCUCGUCACGCUGGACCCUGGCGCGGAGCCCUGGCAUCACGAUUCGGAGGCUGAGACUCUCUCCUGGAGUCACCCAGGGGAGAUGGAGCCGCCUCAGUGUGUGGAGGAGCUGGAGGAUGAUGUGUUCCAGCCAGAGGAUGGGGAGCCGGGGACCCAGCCUGGGAGCUUGCUCUCUGCUGACCUGUUUGCCCAGAGCCAGCUGGACUGCCCGCUUAGCCGUCUGCAUCUCUUCCCUCUCACUCACUGCUGUGGCCCUGGGCUUCGACCCACCAGCCAGGAGGACAAGGCCACCCAGACCCUCAGUCCGGCCUCCCCGAGUCAGGGUGUCAUGCUGCCUUGUGGGGUGACCGAAGAACCCCAGCGACUCUUUUAUGGCAACGCUGGCUACCGGCUCCCUCUCCCUGCCAGCUUCCCUGCAGGCUUGCCCCUCGGGGACCAGCCCCCUGAAGGGCAGUGGCAGCAUCGAGCAGAGGUACAGAUUGCCCGAAAGCUUCAGUGCAUUGCAGACCAGUUCCAUCGACUUCACAUGCAGCAACACCAGCAAAACCAAAAUCGGGUGUGGUGGCAGAUCCUUCUCUUCCUACACAACCUUGCUUUGAACGCAGAUGGGAACAGGAAUGGGGCGGGUCCCAGGUGAGGCUGGGCCGCCCUCUUUGUCUGGGGCACCGCAGGAAGGACUUCAGCGAGGACUGACACUGUGUCCUGUGAAGUUGAUUGUUGCUGUUUUGCAUUUGCAUUUGCCAAGUUUCUCUUCCGUGUACAUAAGACAUACCCUACACGGGACUUCUUUCCCCGUUCAGGACCUCGACCAGGAAUGAGGGCCUUUGUCAAACACUGUUGAAGCGGAGGCUGAUGGGUCUGUGGUGUGGGACCUCCCAAGGGCUCUGACAAGUCGAGUCUCAGUGAGUGGUUGUUAAAGAUAACCAGGUAGUGAUGUUCUCCAGCCAGUGGAUGUACUUUUCCCACAGGGGCUUGGUUAAGAAAUAGGAGACUGGAUUAGACUCCUGGUCCCGCCAAUGCUAUCAGCCUUCCACCAUGGACAGGCCCGAGAUCUGCCAGUCACACUGCUUUCAUUCCCCAGGGCCUCGGCCAGGGGCUUUCCAGCUGAGCAUGGCAACUUCCACGAGGCCAGUCAGCCAGCUCCAUACCUGGGUUCUCCUUUGGCCCAGCCAGUGCCAGCCCCAAGGGCUCAGGGAUUCUGGCCCAGCCCCUGUCAUCUCCUGCAGACCUCAGGGAGGGUUGGGUUUCUCCAAGGACCCCUCAAACGUGCCGCAAAAUGAACCACACUUCUGGGUAGGCCUCGAGUCUUACUUGCUCCCGCUCAGAGAGGCCCAGCAUUGGGCCCGAGGUGCUGGACCCCUGCUACCUCUGGCUGCCUGAGGAUGGUUGGGUGUCCACCACGGAUGAGCCAAAUAGCCAAGGAACAUGCCAUAACGAGCAGCUUGUGCCUUUGUCAGCUCUUCUUUCAAAAGACCCAGCCAACAAACUGGUUUUCUCCCCUCUAUCUGUGCACUCUGGGGCACGAAGGGCAGGAUUACAGCGGAGCUGGGGAACGUGGGGGCCAUCCCACCUGUGAAAACCAGCCCGAGAGGAACCCAGAGCCCUUGGUUUCCUUGGAAACAACAUACCUCCUCCCGCUUCUCCCCAUUCCUUUUCCACACCUAGUGGGAUACAGGAAGAAGCCAGCUCCAUGGCUUUGUCAGCUGAAAUGUGUCUUUUAGAGUGACAGACAGUGGUUAGAGUGUGGAACCGUCAAAGCUGGGUACACAUUUCCUGGCUUCCUUCAGCUUCCAGGGAGGCCAGAAGGGCGUGCUCUGGAGCUCAGUGGGCUCAUAACUGCCUCUGAACUUCCCUUCUCAACCUGCUGUGGCACUAAUGGAGAGAAUUGAAAGCAGCCAAGCCGGCAGCUCUGAUAGCAGAUGCGGGGAAUCUGAAAAGACACAGGGAAUCUGUUAACCAGACACAUAGAAAUUAAAUUAUAAUUUUUGCCUAUGUAAAAAAGGGUAACAUUGGUGCUAACAUGAAGCAAGGCCCAAAGAAAAGGUGGCUUCCGUGGGCAGAGAAGACCUCAGGGCUACCCAAGGAAAUCAGAGGAGUCCAAGUAGACUCAAAUCUAAACAAGCCCAAGCUUCUCCAGUUCUACAGAGAGGAGGUCUUCAGGAAGCAUUCAUCUACUGGAUGUACAGUUGGGCAGGUUGUUCACUGCAUAAGGGCACCUGCAGAAGAAGAUAAUGGAAGCGAAAAUUCAGCUCAUGCUCUACCCUCCAGGCUAUAUGCCCUAGUUUGGAGCUAUGUCUGCUCAGAAGAAGGGGUGCCUUUCCUAAUUUGCACAAAGGUGCCAUAUGGGCUCCCAGUGGCCCUGAGGUGCAGGACCUCAGACUGUAUAUUAGCCUUUGUUUUCUUUUGCUUGGAUGUUCUGGAGGUAUUACCUCUUCUUGGCUAGAAUUCUAUUCUCAGGGUGUAUACCAUGGUUUGUCUGCUAAGAAGAAGGGUUCCUGCUUACAAGGAGGAGCCCAGGGAACAGGUGAAGACCAGCUCCGGGACACGCUGACUGCUGUGAAAUCCAGCCUUCUUUGCGUGUCUCCGCUCUGUUUUUGGAUGUGCAUUGGACAUGUGCCAUUUUCCCCCUCUCCUGGACCAAGGCAGUGACAGGCUGCUGGUGUAUUCCAAAUGGCACACAAGAAAACCAGGAUGAUUUCUGCUGGCCACUUUGAACCCCACUUAGCGAACUUCCCACUGGAGCUGAGUGAGAGAACAAAUAUAUGGUCUGGGGCCUCAGUGCAGAGGCAAAGCCAUCAGCUUCAGAGAUCUUGGCAGGCCCAGGUAAGAUGUCCUGUGGCCUGCCCUAAGAAACUGAGCCCAGAGUUUGACAAGCCCACCUGAACACUGAGCCUGGGGCCAGGUGGACGGUGAUCUGACUGCACUGUCUCCAUCUUAUGGGAAGCCAGGAACUAACUCACUGUCCUAAGCAAGCUGGGGCACAAUUUAAAAACCCCCUCCUUCUCUCUUGCCCCCAAAACACACAGGAGGUAAACAGCCCCUGGAAGGAGAGAGGUUCCUCCUGGCUGGCUGGUUUUAAUUGGCCUAGUGAUCUAGACUGGCCCCUUCCCCCUCUGCCUGGUGACUUGGUCUGAACAUUCCUCAAGUCCAGCCUCAGGAGCACAUCCCUCCCUCUGGGCCCCCUUCCCUCAUCUCUAGCCCCCACCCCCCACCCCCCAUUCUCCCAUCCCCCAGAGCUUGGCCGCCUCUAGUUAGGGGGUGGAGAAUCAGAUUUGGAGGGAGGGAGACUCUGACCCAGCUCCUGACCUGUAACCAGCUGAAGACUUGUGGAGUUUUUGUGGUUUGCUGAGGGUGAGGGGUGGGUGAGGGGCUGGAAACCUCCCUCUCAUUAUAGAAAAGCCCUGGAGGGAGGAAGCCUGAUAUUCAGCCCUUCUAACUCAGAACCCUAGAGUUUCUGGAAGCUGGUAGACAGAACUGGGAAGAGAACCCCCACCCCCAGGCCAGACAUCUGACUCCCUUAGUGAGUUGGAGGACCUGGGGUGGCCUCUGCCUUUGCCUGCUUCAGAUGUUGGGCUGCUGGAGAGCUGUCCCCAUGGCCUUGCUUAGUGCAAGGGAGAGAAAGAUCACCUCCCAGUGACCUCCCCAAGCCCUGAGGGGUGUGAGUCCGUUUCCAGAGCUUACCUUUCAGGCAUUCUUCAAACACUCGGAGGGGCUCAACUGACUUGUCUCACUGUCCCCAGUGGCCCAGGCUCAUCCAAGGGUGGUUCCAGCCUGGGCAUAGAAGGCAGUGGGGGGGAUGGGGGGUGCGCAGUAUUAUUUGGGAUGGUCCAGCCACGGCCUCCAGUGGGGGCUGGGGAGCCACUGCGCCUGCCCCGGUCAGCAAGGAGCAAGCACACUGAGAGCUGGCAAGCUGGUGUCAUUUGGAGGACUUGAUGAAGAGGGGCUACGGAAAGUGGAGAGCAGCGAAAACAAAAAGACUUCUGCCUCCACUACUCUGCGGGGCUUUUGGGAAUCAGCAUUUAGCCCAGGCUACAAGAAGCUGCAAGGCCCUCUGGGUACAGGCAGAUCCUUGGUGGGAUGCUGGACCUUGGCUGGACUUGGUCCAGGAAGGGGUUAACUUGUCAGCCCUUUGAAGCCUCCUGGGCACACUGUGGGCAGGGAGCACCUCAGCCUGUGGGGACUUGGAGCUUCACAGGAAUAACACAGAAAGCCAAGCUCUUCCACAGAUAAGCCUCCCAGGCCAUGGGAACUGGGAACCAGCAGCCGGGUCUUCCCCGCCCCGUCUCUGCACAAGUAGCCAGUGCCUCUCCCUGCUCUGUGAGCAUUGCCCAGCGGGCCACCCCCUCCCUGGGUCCACAGGGACGUCAGGGGGAGACCCAGUGAGAAUGUAGCAUUUUGUUCAGCCCAGAUUAGCUGUCCUGGGUUCUAGGCACUGCCUCUGGAGAGAGACAGGGAAAGAGAGGGAGGGGAAUGGGGAUCCAUUAACCUGUAUAGAAUAUUUGGCUUUCUGUUCUUCACAUGCAUGUAUGUGUGUGUAUACUCUCCCCCAUCAAUUGGUACAAUUUUUAAUAAAACUUUUAAAGCAAA